AUGGCUAGCCCACAGGUUCUCGUGUUCGAUGCUGAGGGCCGCCCUGUGAAGUUUGACACCUGGCUCGAUGACCUGCACCUCUACCUACAGCUCACAGCCAAGGAUGACAUCUCACUGUACGAUCACGCCCUAGGCCAUGUCACUGCCCCUGCUGCUACUGCUGACAGCACUGCUCGCUCACAGUGGCAGACUCGUGAUGCCCACGCUCGCUUCGCCAUUCGCAACUCCCUGCCGAUAGACGAACGCGAGCACUUUGGUCAGCACAAGACUGCACAGGCACUGUACACAGCUGUAGUUGCUCGCUACUCCUCACCUGCCUCUGCCGCACUAGGCCGUCUCUCCCUCCCCUACCUGUUUCCCGACCUGGCCUCCUUUCACACAGUCGCUGACCUCAUCACGCACCUCCGUACUAGUGAGGCCCGCUUCCGUGCCGCCAUGCCUGCUGAGUUCCUUGCCACGCACCCCCCUCCACUCUGGCUCACUCUCUACCACCUAGUCACCCGCCUCCCUGACACACUGCGUGCUGUCAGGGACCACUUCCUAGCUCGUUGCCCCACUGAGCUCACCAUUGCCCUCCUCGAGAAGGAGCUACUUGCAGCUGAGACUAGCAUAGUCGCUGUAGGUGCCUCUCGUGGCGACCCCCGUACCCCGUUCUUUGAGGGGUGUUCUCCUUCCCCCCUUCUUCCCUCUGUCGCCUCUGCUGCUGCUGUCAACCUUCUUGGUACUGAGAAGGUCGGCGCUGCGUCUGCCUCGAGCGGACGCCGCAGCGGCAAGGGAAAAGGGGGCAAGGGUGGUGGCGGUGACGGCGGGGGAGGCGGCGGUGGGGGCGGUGGAGGUAGUGGGGGUGGUGGCUCGGCUGGAGGGGCGAGUGGUAGCGGUGGGGGUGGUGGCGGCAGCGGUGGGGGAGGUGGCAGGAGUGGAGGCAGCGGUUGGGAUGGCGGUGGACGAGGCGGCGGCAGGGGUUGGGGUGGUCGAGGAGGUGGCAGCGGUGGUGGUGGCCGUGGAGGCACUGGCGGUGGCCAGGGCCAGGAGCACACUCCCUCGCCCCAGGAGGUCCGUGAGUGGUACUCUCAGCACGGGGGUGGGGGUGGUCUUUGCUGCACGUACGUCAUUCGCACUGGUGACCGCACUGGUCAGCAGUGUGGACGACCGCACGCCACACAGCGCUGCUUCUCUCAUCUCGAUGACGCUUGGCGUGUUCAGUUCCCUCAGGCCACUGAGCUGCCCCGCUGGCUUGAUCUCCUGAAGAAGGGGAUUGAUAUCUAUGCUCUAGACUUUGAUGCUAUUCUAUCUGCCAUGUAUGUGAUGUCUACUAGUGGAGAGGGUGCUGAGUACUUGUGUGUGCCGCCCAACCCGGGCAUUAGGGCCAGUGCGUCUGCCGCUCCAGGUACUCGCGUGUCGGCUACCCCAGGUGCUGGUGAGGCUGCUGCUCUAGGUGCUUGUGUUUCUCCCCCCCUUGGUACUGCGUCGACUGCCGCACUGCACACCUUCACACUGGACUCAGGUGCUUCUCGCUGCUUCUUUCGUGACCGCACUGCCCUUGAGCCGCUUGCUCGGCCAGUUGCUGUCUCCCUUGCUGACCCCUCUGGGGGUCCGGUCAUUGCGACCUCUUCCACUGUCCUUCCCUGCCCUGCGGUCCCGUCGGGCACACUGUCAGGUCUCCACCUCCCCUCGUUCUCUACGAACUUGGUGGCAGGAUGUGCACUCCAGGACGGGGGUGUUCACCAGUUCACCCCUGCCUACGAGCGCGUGACACACUGCACGUGUGCUCGUACGGGCCGUCACUUGGCUACCUUCACUCGGCAGCCGGGGUCGGACCAGUACACACUGACUACUGAGUCCCCUCAGGUUGCUGCGACUGCGUCCGCGUCCGCGUCAGGUCAGCUGUCCGCCCCCUGCUCGUGUCGCUCUUUGGCACACGAGACUGUCCUCUGGCACCACCGCCUUGGCCACCCGUCUGUGCAGCGGCUUCGUGCCAUGCACUCCCGGUACCUUGUCUCUGGCCUGCCCAGGGUCCUUCCUCUCCUCCCACCCUCGCCUGCUCCUACCUGUCUCCCCUGUGUCGAGGGACGGCAGCGCGCCGCUCCUCACUCCUCCUCGUUCCCCCCGACGACUGCUCCCUUGCAGACACUCCACAUGGACGUGUGGGGCCCAGCCCGCGUCCGUGGUCAGGGUCAGGAGAGGUACUUCCUCAUAGUUGUUGACGACUACUCGCGCUACACCUCGGUCUUCCCCUUGCGCACCAAGGGUGAGGUCCCUGAUGUCUUGAUCCCUUGGAUCCGCAGAGCCCGUCUCCAGCUCAGCGAGCGUUUUCACUCGGACUUUCCUGUCCUGCACUUGCACUCUGACAGAGGUGGUGAGUUCUCCUCCGACCUCUUGGCAGCCUACUGUGCUGAGCACGGCAUUGAGCAGUCGUUCACGCUUCCGGCUUCUCCACAGCAGAAUGGGGUUGCGGAGCGCCGCAUUGGCCUGGUCAUGGCGGUCGCCGGUACCUCCUUGAUCCAUGCGGCUGCCCCCCACUUUCUGUGGCCGUUUGCGGUCCGGUACGCUGCGCAUCAGCUCAACCUCUGGCCCCGUGUCUCCUUGCCGGAGACCUCGCCCACGCUGCUGUGGACGGGGGAGGUUGGCGAUGCGUCGCGUUUCCGGGUCUGGGGGUCUCGAGCUUUUGUCCGCGAUUCGUCUGCGGACAAGCUCUCCUCCCAUGCUGUUCCCUGCGUCUUCCUCGGCUUUGUCCCGGACGCGUCUGGUUGGCAGUUUUACCACGCCACCUCGCGCCGAGUCUUGCCCUCCCAGGACGUCACUUUUGACGAGUCCGUCCCCUACUACCGCCUCUUCCCCUACCGCACUGCCCCGCUCCCCCCCCCGCCUCUCUUCCUCGCGCCAGGUGCUGCUGUUGCAGACCCCCUCCCCCCUCAGGGUGCCGCUCCCUCAGGUGUGUCUCAGGUAGAUCCGGUUGAGCCUGUUGAGGUAGCUGUCGACUCUCGUCCUGCUGGGGGUGCUGAGCCUGGGGGUGCUGAGCCUGGGGGUGUGGAGCCUGGGGGUGUGGAGCCUGGGGGUGUGGAGCCUGGGGGUGUGGAGCCUGGGGUCCGGAGUCCUGCACCUGGAGGAGCCCUCUUCUCGGAGCAGCUGCGUGCAUGGUACUUACUGGGACUGGUGCUAGUGCUUCCGGAGUACUGCAGCCUCCGGAGAGGUGCCGCUCGUGCCGGACGUACUACUGGGACUGGUGCUAGUGCUUCUUCUCCCGUUCGGGAGCUCCCCUCCCGCGAGCGGAUCCGUGAGUGGUACGAGCGGCGCUGCACUCUUCGGAGUGGCGUGCCUCGUGUUACGGACCCCGCUGCUGUUGGAGCUGCUGCUGGUGCUGAGGACCCGGGCGUUGGAGCUGCUGCUGGUACUGAGGACCCGGGCGUUGGAGCUGCCGCUGGUGCUGAGGACCCGGGCGUUGGAGCUGCUGCUGGUGCUGAGGACCCGGGCGUUGGAGCCGCUGCUGGUGCUGAGGACCUGGGUGUUGGAGCUGCUGCUGGUGUUGAGGACCCAGACGUUGGAGCUGCCGCUGGUGCUGCGGACCCGGGCGUUGGAGCUGCUACUGGUGCUGAGGACCCGGGCAUUGGAGCUGCCGCUGGUGCUGAGGACGUGGGCGCUGGAGCUGCUGCUGGUGCUGCGGAUCCUGGUGCGGGUGUCCCUGCUGGCUCUGGUGUCGCUGCUUGGUCUCGGCCGUACUUUGCUCCGCUCCUUCAGCAGGUUCUUGGUCAGCUUCCUCCUCCUUUUCCUCCUCCCUCCUUAGCGUGUCCUCCGCCUGUCCAGCUGCAGUCGGCGUUACCGUCUGCCUCCUUUCUCCCUGGUCCUGCUCCUUACACUGGUCCGACUGGAGGUCUUACUGAGCGGCGUGAGCCUGCGUCUCGUCCUGCGACGCCUGAGUCUCGUCCUGAGUUGCCUGACCGCACUGCUCUUUCUAGUAGUCGAGUCCAGCGUCAGCGUCUUCCUGCUGUCCCAGGCACUCACCGGAUGGCGCUUCGUUCGUCCACUGCUCCACAGCGUGUCCCACUGCCGUCUCCUCCUGCUUCCUCUCUUCCUGCUCUUGCUGACCUUGGGUCAGACUCUCUUCGUGCUACCAGUCCUACUGUCACGCGUCUCCUGGCUACUGUUGUCACUGACCCUUCCUUUGAGUCUGCUGCUGCGUCUGCCUUAGUUGCUGAGCUUGUCGACUUUGCUGCUCGCUGUCGUCUAGACUACGCUGCUAGCCUAGUUGCUGAGUCUGAGUCUGUCUGUCCUCCGUCCGUCGGGGGUGAGUGUGCUCUUGGCACUGACGUCCUUGAGGACAGGCAGGAGGAGUUUGAGUGCUUUGCUGCCGCUUUGCCCCAUCUCGUGUCCAUGCUUGUUGCCCCUGAGGGAGACCCGGAUGCACCAGACAUCCCGACCCCACGCUCUUACGCAGAGGCGAUGGCCGGUCCCUACUCCUCUCAGUGGCAGUCAGCCAUGGACACAGAGAUGGCUUCCUGGAAGUCCACAGGCACCUACGUCGACGAGGUUCCCCCACCUGGGGCGAACAUCGUCAGUGGCAUGUGGAUUUUCAGGGUGAAGCGGCCGCCGGGCUCUCCGCCUGUCUUCAAGGCGCGUUACGUUGCACGAGGCUUCAUUCAGCGAGAGGGAGUUGACUUCUUCCAGACCUUCUCCCCGACCCCGAAGAUGACCACUCUUCGGAUUCUGCUGCACGUCGCCGCUCAGCGUGACUACGAGCUCCACUCGCUUGACUUCAGCACUGCUUUCCUACAGGGCAGCCUGCACGAGGAGAUCUGGCUGCACCGUCCACCUGGCUUCACUGGGUCUUUCCCUCCUGGUACCCAGUGGAGCCUCCGACGGCCAGUCUACGGUCUCCGCCAGGCGCCUCGUGAGUGGCACGACACACUGAGGACUACGCUUGCGGCUCUUGGGUUCGCGCCUUCUACUGCUGACCCGCCGCUGUUUCUACGCACCGACACCUCACUGCCGCCGUUCUACGUCCUUGUGUACGUCGACGACUUGGUCUUUGCUACUGCUGACACUGUGGCACUCACCCACGUGAAGUCGGAGCUGCAGAAGAGACACACGUGCACAGACCUGGGUGAACUGACAAGCUAUCUUUGCUUGCGGAUCACCCGGGACAGAGCACGCCGCACCAUCACCUUGACUCAGUCACACAUGGUGCAGCAGGUCCUUCAGCGCUUCCGCUUCACGUACUCCUCGCCUCAGCCCACUCCUCUGCCUACCGGUCACUCGCUCUCAGCUCUGCCUUCGGAUGAGUCCGUAGAGCCGAGUGGCCCGUAUCCAGAGCUUGUGGGUUGCCUCAUGUACCUGAUGACCUGCACUCGACCAGACCUUGCAUACCCUCUUAGCAUUCUUACACGCUAUGUCGCUCCCGGCCGUCACCGGAAGGAGCACAUGGAUGCAGCUAAGAGGGUGUUGCGCUACUUGUGCUGUACGUCGGGCAUGGGGCUAGUGCUUGGAGGGCGAGUCCCAGUUGUUCUCACUGGGCACUCAGACGCUUCUUGGGCAGACGACCAGGCUACUCAGCGGUCGUCUCAGGGUUACUCCUUCAGUCUUGGCUCUGGUUCUGUUUCUUGGCGUUCUACUCGCUCUUCUUCUGUUCUCAGCUCCAGUUGUGAGGCUGAGAUCUACGCCACAGCCAUGGCGGCCCAGGAGCUACGCUGGCUCACCUACUUGCUGACCGACCUUGGAGAGCAGCCUCGUUUUCCUCCAGUGCUGUACGUCGACAACAAGGCAGCCAUUGCCUUGUGUGAGGAGCACAGACUGGAGCACAGAACGAAGCACAUUGCUCUACGUUACUUCCUUGCUCGAGAGCUGCAGCAGCGUGGUCAGCUUCGCCUGCGUUACGUGGCCUCUGAGGCCAACACUGCUGAUGUGUUCACCAAGGCGCUUCAGCCUUGUGACCAUCAGCGCUUUUGCACUCUUCUAGGCCUUGUGCCUACUGGACCUCACUUGCUUACUUCUUGA